GACAAACAGCUCUCAGUCGACCGCACGCGUGCAAACUCGCUACACACCGGCACGGUACCUCCACCCCACAACACACCACACCACACGAUGCGGUCACUUUUUGCGGCGACGGUGCUCGCGGCGGCCUUGGUUGUGGCGACGCCGGCCACGGACCCGUCGACGGAGCCGCACUCGCGCCAGAAGCGCCUCCUCUGGUUGACCCCCGACGGCCGCCUCGCGCUGCCCCCCGGCACCUCGCUCGUCAUCACCCCCUCCCUCUCGCUGCCCUUCGUCAGGUACCCGCCCGAGGGAUUCUUCUCCAACAUGACCAUCAGCCUGCCCUUCACAAUCGACUUUGACACCCUGGGCUUGACCGACAACGCGAACCCUUACGGCGUGUUUCCGCCGAUUCUGGCGCGCAGCAUGGGGCGGAUGGCCGGCGACGCCAUCACCUCGUACGUCUCGUCGAUGCUGGAAAGCCGGACGAAGAGGAACGCGGCGCCGUCGGGCCCGGCGCCGUCGGCCGUCAGGUCGGCGCUGAUGGGCGGCGAACGCGCCCUGCUCUACAAAACCCUGGAGGAAUUCCUCGCCAACCUGGGCAUGGACGGCAAGGCGUGCGUGCUCAGGGCCAUCUGCGAGGUGCACGGACACCCUCUCGACAACUACGGCCUCCUCGGCGAAUUCCUCAGACUCUUCCUCACGGCGAGUAAGUCUCCAGUUUCCGGUCUGCUUUCCGAGUACGUGGAAGCGGAAAAGCGAGGCCAGGGAGACGGCGGCGAGUGCUGGCGCUACCACCGCGACUGUCCCAAGUCCCUCUUCAGAUGGAAGUCCAAUUACCACAGAUUGCCGGAGGAGCAGGGGGAGGAGGUGGAGUCGGACGAGGUGAACCAAGUGGUGACGCUGGAGCGCGAGGCCAAAUUGAUGUAGAGCAAAAGUAGCGUGUCUGCAGCAGGCGCGGCGCAUUAAACAUGUAAUAAAUUGAAGAGAUUUUGCUCAAACCACUGGGGGGAGAAAAGGGGUCGCAGAUGUAUUUCUGCUGCGGUGCUUAACACCGAAAUGAAUUAAUUACCGCAGCAUUGAUAUCGCAUCCGCGCGGUGGAAGCUAAAGAAUGUAUCAAAGUUACAAUAAUUUUUCACUGCUGUGAUUCAGUACGAGAGAGUGUGCGUGUGGAGAAAAAUACUUUUGUGUGAAAAAGAAAGAAAGUGAGCAACAAUUCUUCUGCGAUCUUCCAAAACAAGCAUUUUUACGUUUAAUUAAAAAGCUUCCUCUUGUAAAUAAAGUACUUUAAAUUAAUUAAUUUAUAUAUUCUUGUGUGUAUAUUUGUGAGAGAGUUUAUUUUUGUUAUCAUGAAAAGCGUUCGAGCACGAAAAGUGGAGCGCCUCGUUGAAUGUGAAAAAUAAAUCAGUCAAACGCAAAUAAACAUAAUAUAUUGUAUA